AUGGAAGGGAGACAGAAAGCAGCACCGGCUACAGAGCCUGACCGUAGUUCCAGUUUGCACGAGGGAAAUGGGUCUAUAGACCCCGUGAAGCGUGGCUACAUGACUGCUGGACAGUGGAGGCGCUCAGGAGACACGUCCACUCAAAAGGACACAUUGAAGUACUAUCUAGACUUGGCGCGACUCGCCGAGCGUGGAAAAAUCUCUGCUGUGUUUCUUGCUGACUGGUACGUGGGCUCUGAUGUGUACGAUGGGUCAUUGGAUACCUGCCUCAAUCGUGGUCAGCAGGUUGAACAUUUGGAUCCUGUGCCUAUUAUCUCAGCAAUGGCCUCAGUUACACAAAGUGUAUCGUUCGCUGUAACUAUGAGCGCAACCUACAUUGCCCCGUUUGUGCUGGCGAGGCAAAUGAUCACCUUGGAUCAUCUAACAGGCGGACGUUGUGCGUGGAACAUUGUCACUAAUCAUACAAAGGGCAAUACUCUUGCCUUCGGCCAGGAUGAUAUUCUCCCCCACGAUGAGAGAUAUGUCAUGGUAGACGAGUACAUGGAUGUAGUCUACAAACUCUGGGAGUCUUCUUGGGUCCCAAAUUCUGUGGUCUGGGAUAGGGAAAAGGGCAUCGGCUUCAAUGCCAACAAGAUAAAGCUCAUUGAGCACAGGGGGAAAUACUUCAAGGUGACGGCUCGCAACCAGGUUCACCCCACCACCCGCAUCCCCCUAGUUCUUAGGAUUAGUCGCAAUAUUAGGAAUUCAGUAUUACUGGCUCAAUCUAGCGAUCUAAUGAAGAGCUGUUCCAACUCGUCUAGCUCAAACACGGGAUUGGGGAGCGGACCUCGGGUGUUGGGGAUAGCUUCAUGUUCGGGUAGGGUAGGUGCAGGUAUUUGCCGAUAUAAAGGUCCUGUGAAAGGUCAGCCCUUAAUAGUACAGCUGUAG